AUGAAAAGCAUAGUAGCUGUAACAUUAGUUCUGUGUCUCCUUUCGAAUCAAGUUAUCUCUAAGAAGCAUAACUAAGAUGAAGAGCAUUCAGCUUUUGAAAAAAGCCAUAAAAAGCUAGCUCUCUCUGAUGAUCCAGCCUAUGGAAAAUUAGAAGAAAUUUAAGAUCAUCCUCUUGGAUCUAAGAUUCUUUAAACCAUUGCUCUUUAAUUAAGAGGAAAUGAAUCAUUAAGUGCUGUUAGCAAAUUAUUGAAUGAUUUGAAAGGUGAUCUUGAGGGUAAACAAAUCGAUGCUGAUAACGAAAGAGCUUAAAUUGGAUCAUAAUGCAAAAAAGAUCUUUAAAAUUAUAGUCAAAGAAUUAGUUUAUCAAUCAAUGAAAUCAAGGAUGCUGAAUUCAAAGCUAAAAGAUUGAAUGAAGCCAUCGCUGUCUACCAAGCUGAAAUCAAUGAAAAGGCUAGAUAAAUCAAAGUCUUUUAAGCUAAAGAUGAUACCUUAAGAGAUAUUAGAAGAUAAGACAACUUAGAUUUCUCAACCAGAACAACUUAAAUGAAGGAGAUGGUACAAGCCUUUGAAGUCAUCUUACCAAAACUUCAUUAAGUUUGGGAUGUAGCUGCAGCUCAUAAGGCUGGUUCUUUCAUUGAAGAAGAAGCUAUCAACGAAGCCUUAGUUCAAUUAGCUAAGAUUGGUGAAGAAAAUCCAAUUACUGCUAUGGUUGCAUUGACAUCCACCUUAGAACCAACUGCAGUUUAGACUUUAAUCGAAAAAAUGGAAGCCAUUAGAGAUUCCAUCAAGGAAAGUAUCUCUGCUGAAGAAGAGGCUGAAGCCAAGAAUGCCAGAGACACUGACACAAUAUUGGCUGCUAUUUUCAAUGCUAUUGAAAGUUUAACCAGAGAAAAGGCAAGUGAUGAGGAAGCUUUAUAAGAGACUAUUAGAAAUAGAGAUAUUCAAGACAAGAGAAGCAGGGAUGCUCAUGCUGAAUUCAAUGCUGCUAAGAAUGGAAACUAAUAAAGAAAUCAAUAAUGUUAGGAGUACGAAUUACAAUAUUAAUAAAACACCAUUGAAAGAGAUAAAUAAAUUGCCAUCAUUAAGGAUGUCUAAAACAUCAUAGCCACCAAAAUAGAAGUUGUUACAUGCUUUGUUGAGGAAAACAAUUUAUUUUGAUAUUAAUUAUAUUACAAUAAAACAAUAAUAGAAAGAAUUCC